AGUGACGCAGGCAGGGGAUGGGAGGGCUAGCCAGCUGGGAGUCAGCCUGGGAAGGAGCCUCAGUACAGACAGGCAGAGGCGGAGACACGGGUUCGAGCACUCCCUUCCUCUGGAUGUACUUGGCCCGGACUCACAGCCGGGGAUCAGGAAAGCGAAGCGGCUGGAGCUUCUGACGGUGCCCGUGAUUCUGAUGCGCCCUUUGGCCUUGGAGGAGAGAGGAAGCGGUGGGAGGACUUUUCUCGCUCCGGGCUGGAAUUUGAUCUGCCAGACUGAACUGUCUCUUCUCCAGCAACAUCCAGGAUCACUCUCUAUGGAAACAACCUCAAGAAUUUGGUUGCUUGGCUAAUUUCAAGGAAGCCUUUGCAUUUUAUGAAGCCCUGCGAUAUUCCAGCAGAAUUGCCUGCAUGUAUGCGGCUUCUUACAAUUUUAGCUUGUUUUUUGUUUUAAUUUUUGGCUUAUUUUGUUUUUUAAUUAUUCUGUCGGAACAUUAGAAAAUCUGCCUGAUCUUUGGCUGUUCUUCUAAAAAACGAAAAAAAUUCCUAUUUUUAUUGCAAUACGUGUGGUGAAUUCCCUAUGAACUGCCUAUGGUACCACAAGGAAUUUUAAUAUUUUGCGGAUCGUCCUCAUUUUUUUAGCAAUCACUUGGAAUUACAAGAGAAUAUAUUUUAGCAAACUGUCGGCCUGUUUUUAAGCAUUUUGAUUGUGCCCCCCCCCCCCAAUCAAUUUUAAGAGAUCUAUAUAAAGAUAUAUAAUAUAUACUGGUACAAAAUGGCUGAAAAUUGGAAAAACUGUUUUGAGGAGGAGCUUAUUUGUCCCAUUUGUCUGCAUGUUUUUAUUGAACCUGUCCAACUCCCUUGUAAGCACAAUUUUUGCCGAGGGUGUAUCAGUGAGGCCUGGGCUAAAGAGACUGGCAUGGUUAGGUGCCCAGAGUGCAACCAAGCCUAUAACCAGAAACCCACCCUUGAGAAGAACUUGAAACUCACAAACAUUGUAGAAAAGUUCAACUCUCUUAAUGUGGAUAAAGCACCUUCCAUACUGCACUGCGUGUUCUGUAGGAGGGGGCCACCUCUUCCUGCUCAGAAGAUCUGUUUGAGGUGUGAGGCCCCUUGCUGCCAGUCUCACGUGCAGACCCACCUACAGCAGCCUUCAACGGCUCGUGGACACCUUUUGGUGGAAGCAGAAGAUGUCAGGGCCUGGAGUUGUCCCCAACACAAUGCAUAUCGACUGUACCACUGUGAGGCAGAACAGGUGGCUGUAUGCCAGUUCUGCUGUUACUACAGUGGAGCCCACCAGGGACAUUCUGUGUGUGAUGUGGAGAUCCGACGAAAUGAAAUAAGGAAGAUGCUGAUUAAGCAGCAGGACCGACUGGAAGAAAGGGAGCAGGAUAUUGAAGACCAGCUGUAUAAACUGGAAUCCGACAAGAGACUGGUUGAGGAAAAAGUCAGCCAGCUGAAAGAUGAGGUGCGCCAGCAGUACGAUAAGUUGCACCAGAUUUUGGAUGAGGAUUUGCGGAAAACAAUGGAUAUUUUGGACAAGGCACAAGCCAAGUUUUGCAAUGAGAAUGCAGCACAAGUUCUACAACUUAACGAGCGAAUGCAAGAGGCCAAAAAGCUGCUAAGCUCUGUGCAGGUCAUGUUUGACAAAACAGAAGAUAUCAACUUCAUGAAGAAUACAAAGUCUGUGAAAAUCCUGAUGGACAGGACUCAGAAUUGCACAGGAGGUAGUCUUCCUCCUCCCAAAAUUGGCCACCUGAACUCUAAACUUUUCCUGAGCGAGAUUGCCAAGAAAGAAAAGCAGUUGCGGAAGAUGCUGGAAGGUCCUUUCAACACACCAGUGCCGUUUCUACAGAGCAUCCCUAUGUACUCCUGCAGUGUGAGCAGCUCGGGUGCAGAGAAACGCAAGCAUUCAGCUGCCUUUCCAGAGGGCAACUUUCUUGACCCAGCAUCGGGGACUGUUAGUGGCCAGUACAUAAGCCAGGGUUCUUCCUCUGGUGAGGGCCAGUCUGCACAACCCAUGGUGCCUUGCAGCUCCACCCAGCACAUAGUUGGACUUCCCAGUGGCCCUCAGCCAGUCCACUCCAAUUCUGUCUUCAAUCCAUCCCAUUACCCCAACAGCACAUCAUCUCAACAGUCUGUGCUCUCCCAAUAUGGAGGGCGUAAGAUUCUGGUCUGCUCUGUGGACAACUGUUAUUGUUCCUCCGUGUCCAACCACAGUGGCCAUCAGCCCUACCCUAGGUCUGGUCACUUCCCCUGGACAGUCUCUUCCCAGGAAUACUCUCAUCCUCUUCCACCCACCCCUUCAGUAACUCAGUCGCUUCCAGGACUUGCUGUCAGAGAAUGGAUUGAUGCUUCCCAACAGCAUGGCCGCCAAGACUUCUAUAGGGUCUAUGGGCAGCCUGCCACCAAGCACUAUGUCACCAGUUAACCAAUAGCAUAAGCUAGGCUUGUUAAAUAUGCAUUGAUAAAGACACCCCAAAACUGAAAUGGAGCAAACUUAACAUAUUUAGUUAUGGAGUGCCACUGUGCUACUAAAUGUGGUUACCAUAGGAGCUCUGUUUCUCUCUCUCUUUCACUUUUCUUUUUAAAUUCCAAUAAUUUUUGAGGGUGAUUUUUUUUUUCUUCCCUUCCUCAUCUAGCAAAGAAACCCUGUUAUUAUUUUUUCUUCUUUCUAAUGCUUUGUAGUUUUUCUGCUGAUGUCUAUCAUUUGAUGCAAAACAGCCCUUGAUGUUUCCUGGUGUGUGUUUUUUUUCUUUUUUUUUAUCUUCCGUUUUCAUUUUACUUUGUUGCUUUUAGGAAUAACUGAACUGUCAUUUGUGAUAGAAGCAUUUUAAGUUAAAAGGCCACUUAUCAUACAGACACUUUCCUUUUUAAUACCAGGGUUUCAGAGAUGUGUAAAUACACAGUGAUCAGAGCAUCGUGCAAACGACAGAAUAAAAGAAAAAGGGAAAUUAAACAAGCUGAAAUUUGUUUGCAGGGAGAGAAUCUGUCCCUCUGAGUUCUCAGUGUGCAACAGAGAUGCAGAAAUUUCCGACUUCCUGCUUGUUUGGAGCUAUUUCUGGUGCGGGUGUUAAUUUACAACACAGAUACAUUGCUGUAAGAAUGAAUUAAUACGUGGCAACCAAUAAAUCCAUUCUCCCUCCUGCAUGGGGGGAAGUGAAUAGUAGUCUAACCCAUCACACAAAUAUGUCUGUAUUUUUGCAGAUGUUGGGAAUUACCAAACAAAAGCAGGGACAUGGAGAUGUGUUAAAAAGAAACACAUUGUAUAUAACAUAAAAUGAAUUACAGGGUAAUGUUUUCUUACUUCGAUUCUUUAUGUAAUACUUUAAAGGUAGUUUAACUAUUAAAAAAAAAAAAUAAAAAAAGGGAAAAGAUAAAAAAAAAAGAGCAAAAAUGAAAUCUUCUUUCUCAAUAUACAAAUUUAUGGACCAAGGUUACAUUCAAAAAAACGACAUGUACCUGCAGGCAUUUAUGAGGCCCUAAUUGGUAAAUGGUCUUUUAGCUUAAAAAAAAAGUAGAGCAAUUAUUUCUUAAACUUUAUUUAAAAAAAGAAAACAAAACAUUUUUAACAUUCCAAAUACAUGUAAAAAAAAAAAAGUGCAAUUCAAAGUUUCCUUCACAAAAAAAAAAUAGAAAAAAAAAAAAGUUUUGCUUUACAUAAGAAAGGUAUCAUUUCUGGAGUGCCACAACCAUUAUAAAUAACAAUAAUAAUGCAAAAAAAAAAGGAACAAAAAGAUUUCAAGCAAAUGUAUGUAUGUACAGUGUAAGGUCCAAGCACUUUUUCCUUUUAUUUUCUUUUGGCAGCGUUAUUUAAAAGAAAAAACAAAACCAGUUAAUGCCAUAUUGUAAUAUUACAGCAAUAAGACUUUGUACUGUAUGUUGCUAAGGGACUAUAAUGGAAAGAACAAACGGACUCGCAUUACGGAAGGCACGCGCUGAGGUACAAACCGAACAAGCGGACAAACGGGAUCCGAGAGUUCUGCAUGGCAGCAGCAUCGAAUGCAGUAACACCAUCCUGUGUCCCCUGCCUCUCUCACAGUGUUGGACCUAGCGGUAAACUCUUUCUCAUAUCAUGCUCCUCCUAAAACAGCAGUCCCGCUUUACUCGGUCAAAACAAACAAACAAAAAAAAAAAGUAAAUAAAAUUCUUUUUAUAAACGAA